CGUUAUCGAUCUCAUACCUACAAUUAUUAUCAUGGCUCCAAGAAAUAGUUCUUCUCUUGUUUUGGCUGGUUUUCUUUUGGUUGUCCUCUUUACCAUACAUUUUGAGACGACAUAUGCUCAAACAUUUGGAGAAGUUUGCACGAAGAAGGGGGGUGUUGUUAAGGUCCUUAAGGGAUGCGACAAAUGUGGAAUAGAACAAUGUCAGGGUGCAUUUGAAUGCGCUUUCGGAACUGUGCUGGUAAAACUUAAAGAUCUACAGACGACUGGCGUGUGUAUUUUGGACAAAAAAGAGCCACUUCUCGGGGGUAAAUGCAAUUGCUGUUGUGCUGAACCAAAACCACCAAAACCAUAGCUGAUGAAUAUAUCGCCAUGUAUGUUUUGGGUUAGACGUGUGUUUGUGUUUUCUUUCCCCUUUAUAUCCGAAUCCAAGGAGCCAAACUCGGCCGAGUUAUUUGCGAGUAUACUUUACUUUGAUAUGAAUUCUUCACCGAGGAAUACUAUUGGUGCAUAAAUCGCUGAGGAGGACCGAGUUUUAUCAAGAUUCUGUGUGUUUACUGGUUCUGUGUGUUGGAUUGAUUUCCUUUAAUGUGGAAUAUAUGUUAUCUUGUAUUCAAUGGUAUAAGAUUUAA